AUGGGCCACAGGUUCCGGAAGAACAAGUCACAUUGGCCAACCAGCUCUCAACUUAAAUCCCCAAGAAAAGGAAACUUAGCGGCCUACUACAAAACUGGCUGGAAUGACUUGAAGUCGAUGAGUGUGAAGUCAAAAGAGCUACCCAAGACCGAUCAGGCUGGUAUUCCUGGAUGCCCUCUUCACCACAUGGGGGACACAUGA